GGCCGCGGCGCGCGGGGCGGCGGCGGGGCCGGGCCGGAGCCGCUCAUGGUGCCGCCACGACGCCAUCGCGGGGCACGAAGGCCAGGCAUUGUUUUGGAAGAUCUCAAAGAGGCCCUUAAAACAAGACUACAAAUGGUGUGUGUAUUUAUCAUGAACCGAAUGAAUUCCCAGAACAGUGGAUUCACACAACGCCGGAGAAUGGCUCUUGGCAUUGUUAUUCUCCUGCUUGUAGAUGUGAUCUGGGUGGCCUCUUCAGAACUUACUUCUUAUGUCUUUACACAGUACAACAAACCAUUCUUCAGUACCUUUGCAAAAACCUCAAUGUUUGUUCUGUACCUGUUGGGCUUUAUUAUUUGGAAGCCAUGGAGGCAACAAUGUACAAGAGGAUUUCGAGGAAAACAUGCUGCUUUUUUUGCAGAUGCUGAAGGUUACUUUGCUGCUUGCACAACAGAUACAACUAUGAAUAGUUCUUUGAGUGAACCUCUCUAUGUUCCUGUGAAAUUUCAUGAUAUUCCAAGUGAAAAACCAGAGAGCACAAGCAUAAAUACUGAAAAAACUCCCAAAAAGUCUCGUGUGAGGUUCAGUAAUAUCAUGGAGAUUCGACAGCUUCCAUCAAGUCAUGCAUUAGAAGCAAAGUUAUCUCGAAUGUCAUACCCUACUGUGAAGGAGCAAGAAUCCAUAUUGAAAACUGUGGGGAAACUGACUGCAACUCAAGUGGCAAAAAUUAGCUUUUUUUUUUGCUUUGUGUGGUUUUUGGCAAAUCUGUCAUAUCAAGAAGCACUUUCAGACACACAAGUUGCUAUAGUUAAUAUUUUGUCUUCAACUUCUGGUCUUUUUACAUUAAUCCUUGCUGCAGUUUUUCCAAGUAACAGUGGAGAUAGGUUUACUCUCUCUAAACUCUUAGCUGUGAUUUUAAGCAUUGGUGGUAUUGUGCUGGUAAACCUGUCAGGAUCUGAAAAAUCUGCUGGAAGAAAUACAAUAGGUUCCAUUUGGUCCCUGGCUGGAGCCAUGUUGUAUGCUGUUUAUAUUGUUAUGAUUAAGAGAAAAGUAGACAGAGAAGAUAAAUUGGAUAUUCCAAUGUUUUUUGGUUUUGUGGGCCUGUUUAAUCUGCUGCUGUUAUGGCCAGGUUUCUUUUUACUUCAUUAUACUGGAUUUGAGGACUUUGAGUUUCCCAAUAAAGUAGUAUUAAUGUGCAUUAUCAUUAAUGGCCUUAUUGGAACAGUUCUCUCAGAGUUCCUGUGGUUGUGGGGCUGCUUUCUUACCUCCUCAUUGAUAGGCACACUUGCACUAAGCCUCACAAUACCUCUGUCUAUAAUAGCAGACAUGUGUAUGCAAAAGGUGCAGUUUUCUUGGUUAUUUUUUGCAGGAGCUAUCCCUGUAUUUUUUUCAUUUUUUAUUGUAACUCUCCUAUGUCAUUAUAAUAAUUGGGACCCUGUGAUGGUAGGAAUCAGAAGAGUUUUUGCCUUUAUAUGCAGGAAACAUCGAAUUCAGAGAGUUCCAGAAGACAGUGAACAGUGUGAGAGUCUCAUUCCUAUGCAUGGAGUUUCACAGGAGGAUGGAGCCAGUUAGCUGUUGUCCAUAGUCCAGCCUGAUGAUGGAACAUUAUACAGCGAAGAGACAAUCUGGCAAGAUUUUAUAGAAAAAUGUUUCAGUGCCUAGUCUGAAAAAUAACAGUUUCAGUUCUUUGAAACUCUAAAAUAUAUUUUCCUCAUGUCUGUUUUCUUCAUUUUCAUAAUGAAGUACUUUGCUAUGUAGCUAUGAACAUAUCACUACAGUUAUGGGAAGUUCCAGUCCACAGUCCAUUGAAAUGACCAACCUGCCUUACAUAUCUCAAGGAAUUCAGUUGAUGAAAUGAUUUAAACUAAUCAAGGAAUAAAAUCCUAAUGUUUGAAAGACUUUAUUUUCACAUACUUGUUAAAUGUUGGACUAUAUUAUGUUUCAAGGAAAUCAUGUAAGUGUGUAGAUCAGUAUUUCUGACAGGCAAAAAAAUACUCAAAUAAGCUGCCUGUAUUAGGUACGGAUUACAGUUUAUGUUUUGUAGAAUAUUGCAAAAUAACUACACAGAAAAAAAUGUUUUAACUUGAGUAACACUGUCUUCAUGGAGAUUUGCUGGAUUUUUAAAGAAAAUAAAUAUUUGAGAAAAGAUGUGGUACCUUACACUACAUAUACUGUAUUAUCCUUUAAUAGCAUUAGGUGCCUUGUAUUUUAAAAAUGUAAUAAACCAUGACAAAUUUUUAAAGUGGAUGUAUGAAAAAUGAUGUAUUUCUAAAGACUGUAUUGCUGUAAGUUUAAUUGAUAAAGCUCUGUUUAACUUAGAGUUUUAAAGAAAUAUUCUCUUCAAUUAAGAAAUUUUCAUAAUGGAAUGAUUUAAAUUGAAGUGAAAAAGAGUAUUAUUAAAAUAAAAUGUUUAUAUAUGUAUUUGUGUAUUAAA